AUGGGACGAGAGCCUGCACUGACAGUAGCCGAUCCAGAAUUGGUCAAAGAUAUUAUGAUUAAAGACUUCAAUGUCUUUAUUAAUCGACGAGAUAUGGGAUCUAUGGAUGAAAUACUGGAUCACGCGUUGACUGCUGUUAAAGACGAUGACUGGAAGAGACUUCGAUCUAUUGUGUCGCCGACAUUCACAACCGGAAAAAUCAGGAAAAUGAAUGAAUUGGUCGAACAUUGCGUGAAAAGUGUGGACAAAAUNAGGAAAAUGAAUGAAUUGGUCGAACAUUGCGUGAAAAGUGUGGACAAAAUGCUGGAAAAGGCGGCCAAAGAUGAGAAGGAGAUUGAAAUGAAGGAAUUGAUGGGAAACUAUACGAUGGAUGUGAUCGCCAGCUGCGCCUUCGCCACGAAGACGGACACACAUAACGACCCAAACAAUCCGUUUGUGACGAACGCCAAAAAGCUGUUUAAUCAGAGUAUUUGGAGGUCUAUACUGUUUAUGAUAAGCAGACGAUUCAUGAAAUUCUUCAACAUCUCCAUAAUUGAACCGACAGUUUACGACUUCUUCAAGAAAGCGAUCGCAGAAAUUAUGAAACAGCGAAAAGAGGAUAAGAGUGGAAAACAUCACGACUUUCUGCAGCUUAUGAUUAAUGCACAGAAAAAAGUGGUCGACGUCGAGGAGAUGGACGACAAAUUAAUGGACGCCGAGGCACACCAUGGCAUGGAUGACAACAGCAAACUAAUGACAAACACAUCCAAACUGGAACUGACAGACAUCGACAUAUUGGCCACGAGUUUUGUCUUCUUUUUGGCCGGUUAUGAGACAACG